UUUUUCUUCGUUUCCAUUCCUCAGCUCCAGCCAGAGAGAGGCGGAAGUAGCCACUUGCAGAAAAAAAAAACCCCACUGAUUUAUCCAAGUGGUUUCCGCCGUCUCAUACGACUAACCUCCGGCUUUCUGAGGUUCUCUCUGUAUUUGUCUGUUUGGUUCCUGGGAAAUUUUCAGCUGAAGAGAGAAAAUAAGGAAUGGAAGAGGGUGGGCUCGGAUUGAAAUCUUCUUCUCCUCUUCAGGAUAUGGGAAUUGGGAACUUCGGGUGUUCGCACUACAAGAGGAGGUGCAAGAUCAGGGCGCCGUGCUGCGACGAGAUAUUUGAUUGCCGGCAUUGCCAUAACGAGUCCAAGAACUCAAUUGAAGUUGAUUGCCAUGACCGUCAUGACAUUCCUCGGCACCAGCUGAAACGGGUCAUUUGCUCCCUUUGUGACACAGAACAAGAUGUUCAACAGCACUGCUUCAAAUGUGGAGUUUGCAUGGGGAAGUACUUCUGCUCCGAAUGCAAGUUCUUCGAUGAUGAUGUCUCAAAGCAGCAAUACCACUGCAACCAAUGUGGCAUCUGCAGGUUACUACAUACUGAUCGCCUUUUCGGUUUUGCAUGUUUAGGAUGUUGCUAUUCAACAUGUUUGAAGGAUUCACACAACUGCGUCGAAAGAGCAAUGCACCAUAACUGCCCUGUGUGCUUUGAGUUUCUGUUUGAGACUACGAAAGACAUCACAGUCUUGCGCUGCGGACACACUAUCCAUUUAGAAUGCCUUAAUCAGAUGCAAAGAUAUUUUCAGUACUCUUGUCCUGUUUGCACCAAGUCCUAUUGUGACAUGUCUCAAGCAUGGAAGAAACUUGAUCAAGAGGUUGCUUCAACACCUAUGCCACAAAUUUAUCAGAAUAAGCUGGUGUGGAUCCUUUGCAAUGAUUGUGGAGAAACCUCAGAAGUGAACUUCCACAUCUUAGCACACAAGUGCCUGAAGUGCAAUUCAUACAACACGAGGCAAACGACAGGAGCGAAAGCAGCAUCUUGCUCAUCGAGGAUCCCGGAAAUGGUUAGAUGAAUGGCUCUCAUUGAUAUGCUUCUUUCGCACCUCCCUUGUUGUCGCCUGAAUUGAAAAUUGAAAUGAACCAACAAGUGCUAUCCUUCUUCUAUACCCAAGCAUCAUUCGGAUUCCUGUUUCGGAAGGCAUUCAUUGCCCCAGGACCCGAGGCUUAGUUUCCAGAAAGCUUUGUGCUUUAUGUUCUGUCAACUGUUGUAUCUUGGGGGAGAAGAAAAGCUUGUGAUGGGAGUGUUGAAGUUCUUCAGCCAUUCUUUUUGCAUGGCACUUGAAUGUACCGUGGUUGCUGCUUCAUUUGAUCCCUUGAAACAUAAAACCCAGCUAACAAAUCGAACUCAGAAUACAC